AUUAAAAAUCAAUUAAACAUAACAAUGACAUAAUUUCUGCUGUAAAGGUGUUGUGUCUGGCAGUUAUAUUGUAUAAAUCAACUUUCUAUUUUUUAUAUAUGUAAGAAGCCAUAUUGAUUAUUAUGUACAAAGAAACUGGUUCUAUGGAAUUGUAAUAUUCUUUUUUUUAUAAAGUCUAUAUAAAUACUGAUAUCUAAUAUGUCAACUAACGAAAUGAAUGGUGCAGUUAUUAAUGACAUGGAUAAUCUAGUCUUGACUGAGGAAUUAAAAAAGCGUGCUGAAGAUAUUAAGAAUGAAGCAAACAAGUACUUUAAAGAUGGAAAAUUUGACAAGGCACUUGAGCUGUACACAACAGCUAUUGAAACAAAUCCAAAUGUUGCAGCUUACUAUGGAAACCGAAGCUUUUGUCAUAUAAAACUUGAAUGUUUUGGUUCUGCAUUGCAGGAUGCUAACAAAGCUAUACAGUUAGAUCGCAAAUAUGUUAAGGGAUAUUACAGACGAGCUUCUGCAAAUAUGGCACUUGGGAAAUUCAAGUUAAGCGUUCGCGAUUAUGAAGCAGUUGCAAAGGCUUGUCCAAAUGAUAAAGAUGCACGACUGAAAUACAAUGAGUGCAAAAAAAUUGUACAUCAACAAGCCUUUGCAAAAGCUAUUGCUGUAGAUGAUAAAAAAUCAGUAAUAGAAACUUUGGACAUUGACUCAAUGGCCAUUGAAAGUGAUUAUGAUGGACCAAAAUUAGUUGAUGGAAAGGUCACAAAAGAGUUUAUGAGUGAAUUAUUGCCAUAUCUAAAAGAGCAGAAAAAGCUUCAUAAAAAAUAUGCUUACCAGAUUUUAAUUAGCGUUAAAGAAUUUUUCAAUACCUUGCCAUCUUUAGUUGAAAUUAAUUUUUCUGAGAAUGAGCAACUUACUGUGUGUGGUGAUAUACAUGGACAAUUUUAUGAUUUACUUAACAUUUUUGAAAUUAAUGGUCUGCCAUCUGAAAGCAACCCUUACUUAUUUAAUGGAGAUUUUGUUGAUCGAGGGUCCUUUUCUGUGGAAGUUAUAUUGUCUUUGUUUGGCUUCAAGCUCCUGUAUCCCAACCACUUCUUUAUGUCACGAGGCAAUCAUGAAAGCACAACUAUGAAUCAAAUGUAUGGAUUUGAAGGAGAAGUCAAGGAAAAAUAUUCUUCCAAAAUGGCAGAUUUGUUUACAGAAGUUUAUAACUUAUUGCCUUUGUCUCAUUUGAUCAAUAAAAAAGUUUUAACGAUGCAUGGUGGGUUAUUUAGUGAAGAUGGUGUGACGUUAGAAGCUAUUAAAAAAACAAACAGAAAUAAACAACCUCCUGAUUCAGGCAUAAUGUGUGAUUUACUUUGGUCUGAUCCACAGCCUCAGAUUGGAAGGGCUCCCAGUAAACGUGGUGUUGGAGUUUCCUUUGGACCCGACGUCACUAAGGCUUUCUGUACUCUAAAUAAUCUAGAUUAUAUUAUAAGAAGUCAUGAAGUCAAAUCAGAAGGCUACGAAGUGGCUCAUGAUGGGAAAUGUAUCACUGUCUUUUCUGCUCCGAAUUAUUGUGAUCAAAUGGGAAACAAAGGAGCUUUUAUUACUCUGAAAUCUAACUUAGUUCCAAAAUUCACAACAUACGAAGCAGUGCCACACCCCUCUGUAAAACCAAUGGCUUAUGCAAAUUCAAUGAUGUCGAUGUUUGGAUUAAUGUAAACCAAUUCUUCUCAGCGAAAAUACUACUGCUGCUAAUCCGCAGGGUUUUUGAGAACGCGUGUCAUGUUGGCGGCUCAACGGAGUGAAUUCUCCUCAAAUGAAAAUAUCAAUGCAAGAAAAACAAGAAUUAUAUUGUGCAUAUAUAUGAAUUGAAGUGGAAUCGAAAUUACGGACUAGUAGAGUAUAAAUAUAGUUACUUAUUUUUCAUAUUAAGAUUUAAAUUGAACAAAUUAAACAAAAAUCAUU